AGUUCGUUUAACUUUUUUGCCGAUGAGCCAAGUUGAGUUUCCAAACCGGCGGCAUCGAAGUUGAUACUAUCAGCCAGAGAUCUUGAAACUCAGUCGAUGAGAUAUAGUCGUCGACGAUUUUAGUGACAUGAGAUUGCAUAAUGCUCGUAACGAGGCCCGGGAGUGAUGAUUUAACCCACUCGUUAAGUUUGAUCUCUAAUUUAUCCCAGUGAUCUUCAAAAGUCGAAUUAGUUGGGUCGAUAGCAUCAUUAGUCAUAGGAGGUUUCCUUUUUGGUCCCAUAAUGGAAAAAUACGAGAGAAUAUAACCUUGAUUGCAAUAAAUUUGUAGAGCACAAAAUUAGGCAGCCAUCUUGGCUCGCUGACCGCUUAAAAGUCCCCACGUUCUAGUUGUCGUCCGCGUCGUUGGAUCUUAAACUCCCUAAAUUGUACAAACGACCGGUUUCAAUAGAACGGCGAAAUUUCUCAUUUUAUUAAAGCACUGAGGUUACGACAACUUCGAGUUAAACUGAUUUCACGGGUUGUCAAAGAGUCCAGCGAUUCCUUUUUCCCAGGUGAGCGCCGACUCAUUUCGCUUCAAUAUUCAGGAAUGCUCUCGAUCUUUUUACGCUUUCAUUGAAUCUCGCCCGACAUGUUUUGCACGGCGUUUGGUCAUGCGAAACCUCCACGAAACAUCCACGCCUCGCGCGAGGUAACUUUAUCCCGAUUCUAAAAAUAACUCGAGACGAAUUACCUAUGGAACAGGGUGUAUAUGGGGGAUGCCCUCUCUGUCCCCUUUAUAGUCUCUUGGCUAUACUGUAUUUCAUAAAACCAAAUGAAAAUCACAAACUCAGAGCAGAACCUGGUGCCACAAUCAUUGUCAUCAUCAUCAUUAUUGUCACUAUUAUUUUCGCACUAAAAUGUUCUUUAAAACAUUGCAUAUCACGUCAUUGUGCCACGAUGACCACUACUAAUGAAUGUUGUGGAAAUUUCGAAUACGCUGGAACCUACAUGAAACGGCAUCAUUGUGAUAAAUACACAAAACCAGUGUUAGAUCUGGAUAUAUUUAAAGGCUACGUGCUGUGUACAGCUGAACAUUGUUCUCUGAGAUCGCGUAAACCUAAACUUUACGGAGAUAUUAAAAGCAGAUACCCUAAGAUUACAGCAGCUAUGGAAAAAUUAUUAUAUUUUUGAGUAGACAAAUCUUAUAAACGGGCCGCGAACUGAACAAAUUGUCUGUUGUACAUUUUAAAGGUUCUGCUCAACUUACACAAUUUUCCCUUGCUGAACAUAAACUGUACCGAGCCGUAUCUUGGUCCGCUAUAUAUAAGCUAUAUCAUGGUUCAAAUUUUAAACUGUAAGAUCCCUGACAGAGUUCUCCUCAAUGGAGCAAUAUGUAAAAGGUUUUUAAAGGUUUCACGCCGGUGAAGAUGUGCGGCCUGUCACCUCUUGCAAGUUUUUACUUUAUUAUUAUUAUUAUUAUGUAAAGUUUAGCACAGGGGAUUUUCCCUGGGGAGAAAUAUCCAGUCAAGUCUCAUCCCGAGACCUCAGACUUCCAGCACCUUUCUGAGGAUAUGUGCCGAUCCUAGGAGUGCCGACUUUUGCAUCGUUCUUGUUCGGUUUUUAAUUCCUAGUUGCUCCAAGUGGCCUGCCAGCCUCUUUGACACUGAACCCAAUGCACCUACAACCACUGGCACCACUUUUGUCCUUGAUUUCCAGAUCCUUUGAAUCUCUCUUGCCAGGUCUUGGUACUUUUCACACUUUUAAGUUUCUUUCUGCAGAAUAUUACUAUCUCCGGGAACAGCUAUGUCCACAAUGAUUGUUUCCUUUGCCUCCUUUUUCUGAAUUACAAUGUCUGGCCUCCUGUGAUGGAUUUCACUGCCUGUUUGGAUGGUAAAGUCCCACAACAGUUUAACCUCCUCAUUCUCUUCUACGCUUUUUGGGGAAUGCUCAUACCAUUUGUCACUGCACUCAACUUCAUAUUCCUUGCACACCUCCCAAUGAAUGACCCGCCCAACAACAUCAUGCCUCUUUUUAUAUUCUGACUGUGCAAGCUUGGGGCAACUACACGAAAUAUGCUGCACAGUUUCAUCGUGGCUACCACAUAUUCUGCAUUUGGAUGAUACAUUUUGGUUUUCGAUUCUGGCUUUAUUAUUAGCGGGGCUCCCGCGCGCGCGAAGCGCGCGUGGGACAGAGCCCCAUACUCAUGGAAUAUGGUCAACCUCUUUUCGUUUGGUUGUCACGUGAUUGACCGAGCGUACGUACGUACGUACGCGUCUACAGAUUGUACGGGUGGGGUAGGGGAGACUAUCAAAAGGAACGGAGGGGUGUCUCAGGCGUGUCUUGGCAAGUCCACAUCUUUAAUAUAGGAUUUUAGGACAUUCACAAUAUGGUCAAUUGACAGCUGUCAAAACAGGAUAGCCACUGACAAGUAUCCCAUGACCAUAUCGCGGGCUCAUGUGUCAACUCAUCGAGGUGACGUGAUUUAUUUGGAAGCUGUCCGCUGACCAGUUAAUUGUUUUACUAGAUCGCGAACAAUGUUCAAUCUCAUACUUUUACUAGUUAAACUGAUAAUGCACACAUAUUGGACAUCAAUGUUUUGAUCAAUUGACAGCUGUCAAAACAGGGUACCCGCUGACCAGUAUCACUUGACCGUAUCGCGGGCUCAGGUGUCGACCCAUCGAGGUCAAGUAUUUUUUUGAAGUUAUCCGCUGACAAGUUACUAGUUUUCAAGUGAUCGCAGGCUCAAGUUCAAGUUUUUUCAAAAUUCAUAUGAAAUAUGUUGUGUUUCUGUGCUACACAAUUAAAAUUUUGAUUGCAAACUGACCUCGGACGCGAAAAUUCAGCCAGCUGUUACAGGCAGGGAAGACAGUUGCUUUUGACUUUUCUCACCAUGGUCACGUGUUGGUCACGCUCUACGUCCAAUUUUUAUGCUCUGAUUGGUCAAAAUUUGACAGGUGAGUUCAUGCGGAAAAUUUAUGCAGCAUCUUGAAUCUUGUUUACUUUGACAGCUGAAGCUGACAGAGUUUUGUGUCAACUGUCUUUUUCCACUGGAUGUGCAAAAUGAAAUUCAGCUGCUAUCAGGAGUCCUCUGUUAUUCAUGGCUAGUUUGUUUAUUGGGUUUUUGGUUGAGGAAUACGUCGCUUGUCAAAGUCGGAAAUCCGAUUUCGGGUGGCAUCGUUUUCGUUUUCACCUUGCUUGAUGCGUAAGAGGAUUGCAAAGUCUGAAGCGAUACUGGCUUUUCUUGAUACCUUUCAGGAGCUGCAUCUCGAAUGGUAAGCCAGAGAAAUUAUUGUAUUUGAUGUUUGUUUUUUUGGAUCCAAUUUAAUAAAGUCGAGCGGAGUUUAUGCGGUCAUUUAGUUUAUGCACGUUUGUAAGAUUUGAGACAAUGAUCUGACCGAGUAUCAGGUUUGAUAUAAGCUUACAGAACUUUAAAAAGCCUUUAGACAGUUUCUCACCGCAAAUAGAAAGAAAACGUUCCAAAGAAUAUUUAGUUAUAAUUCUGGCCGGAAAAGAAAGCUUUGAGCGAUUUUCUUGCCUCGAGUUCGUCUUUGAAAAAGGCAAACACCUGGAAGCCGGCUUAAUAAACUUAAGCUUGAAGCUUGAAGACUCAGGAUUUUUAGGGAUACUUUAAUACUUGUCUUCCUGAAUGAAAAUUGUUGGUUCUGUAUAUGUUUCACCGAAUUAUAUUUCUUUUAUUGAUUGUUAGUAGUCUCUCUUGUAAUUUUAAUCGCUGUGCCGAUUGUUUUCAGUCGUUCAGUGAACAUCGCUUGCAGAGUACUCAAAAUGCCGGGCGUUAAUAAACCAUUAAAUAAAAAAUAAACAGAAUAAAUUCUUUAUAAUGUUGGAGCGUAACUCUGUUAAUGUUCAUUCAAACACUCGCCACAGCUCGCACUACAAAAGUGAGAACCGGAUGGCCGUAUAGGUGAUUUUGGAAAUUUUUUUAACAGUUUAUGAAUAUUGAAUUAGUGCAAUUUGUAUUGUGAAAUACUGCUUUCUGUCCGAGGUCUGCCGGUAUGAUAAAAACAGUGCCUCAUACUACUGUUUCACCUCAGAUGUGAUGUAUAAAUGGUAUAAAAGGUUGGUUUACACGCACCCAGAUUUGUUGACAAGAUUUUGCAAAGUAAACUUGUUGAACGCAAAAAAGUUAGCCUGAUUUUUUUUCCACUAAUUAAUCUACGGUGAUCAAGAGCCAUUAUGGCUCUUAAAUGUGAUCGAAGAUGAUUACCAGUUUUUGGGUGUACAUAUGAGGCUAUCAACUCGAUGUAAGAUUUGGUUCACUCUUGGGCUGUUUGCAAAUUAUUUUUCUCUAAAAUCAGGUGGCCUUUCCCUCAAAAGUCACAUAAAUGUGCUCUAAAGUUAACUGAAUUGUGGAAUUCGAAUACAAGGUUAUUGUUUAAUUUAAAUUAUAAAUUUAUUAAUGGGAGCCUCGCUUUUAGCCCUGGCUAAAUCUAUAUAUUAUUAUUAUGUCGCAGUAUGAAACUUUGGAAUGCUGUUCACAUUGUGAGUAGUAUAGGGCGCAUAGCGUAACCUACACCAAUUGAGAUGCUAUACUUAGAAGUAAAAAAAGGUCGAUACGAAACCUAAUACAAUCCUAAAAUACAUAGUGAUAUGAAUCUCUCUACUUAAAAAGCCAAUUUAGAAUAUUAUUAAAUUCUGAUACUCUGUAAAACCUUCGCUAUCUCUACUAAAAGCUUAUACAUAGUGAUAUAAAUCUCUCUACUUAAAAAGCCAAUUUAGAAUAUUAUUAAAUUCUGAUACUCUGUAAAACCUUCGCUAUCUCUACUAAAAACAUAUUUAUAAUAAUAUCACACUCUAAUGUUCUAAAAAAUCUAAGUAAAAACGUCAGCAAGCUUGUGUUUCUAGAUUUCUAGAGAAAAAACAAAAACCUAAAAACUGAAGUCCAUAGCGCCCUAACUAGGUAUUUAUCUUAAAUGUUCCUGCAAUGUUUAAAGUGUUUGAGAUGACCGACUUCGGCAUCCGCUCAAGUACGCUCCGUGCUCUCGCUCCAAGUAGCUUCCUCACCGACUUCUCUAGGUGUUUAGAGUAACCCCCCAGUACGUCAAUUAUUACGUUGUACUGUUCAACCCUGUAACCAUUGUAUCUCUGCUUCAGCUCCCACAUCAUGGGCCCAUACUUGAGUGUCUUUUCCUCAUCUUUCUUAGCUCUACUCUCAAUCCAUGGGCAGCUCAUUUCAAUCGUGCAGACUUCUUUCCCCUCGUGGUUGACAAGUCGCGCGUCGAUCCGAUUUGCUCUAACUUCGUUGUGCUCUGCAUAGAUGGGAAUAUCCCAAAACGCCUCACUCGUGGUGUUCUGGUAGGCUGGUUUUGGCAUCACCGGUGAGUACCAUGGUGGAACCUCUUCCAUUAACCCAUGCUCUCGCAGGAGCUCAAAAAACAGAAUCUUCAAAGCUGCAUUAUGCCUGUAUAGGUACUAUUAUUAUUAUUAUUAUCAUUAUUAUUAUUAUUAUUAUCAUCAAUAUUAUUGUCGUUGUUGUUGUUGUCGAUGAUGACACUAAUUACUGGGUUUACUUGUCCUCCGACCAUCUAUUUCAAGUUUAUUACAAAGUGCGACAGCUUUUUAUAUUACAAAGUGCGAUGGUCUGUUAUUACAAAGUGCGACAAGUGUUAUUACAAAGUGCGACAGGUAUUACAAAGUGUGACAAUUUUAUUACAAAGUGCGACUGGUAUUACAAAGUGCGACGAUUGUUACAAAGUGCGACAGUAGGUGCAUACUGGGCUGCCAUAAAACCUAGACUAGAUAGAAAUAAUAUGUUGUAUGAAAACGAGAAGUUCACCACAACAGACAGCUGACAGCGUAUGAAAGGAAGAAAUAACCCUGCAAUACCCUUCCCAUCCCGGACACCACCCCAACCCACGGGUCUCAUUAAACUGUUUGAACUGAGACUAUAAUUGGAUGAUUGAUAAUUCCAACGUUAUUGAUGGUCGAUACCAACAAGCUAGGUGGGUAUACCGUGUGGCACGAAAGUUUUGCGGGAGUUUAUUUUUGCGGAUUGGUGAUUUUUCUGUUUUGCGGAAACUAAUUUUUGGGAUCAGGACACAUUGGCUUUUCUCGAUGAGAAUUAAUUUUUGCGAUUUUCAAAAAAUACCCAGUACCUUCCCGGCCAGCAGAGGUAUCUCACGACGAGGCAAAAAUGAGAGGAAAAAUGAGAGAUCCCUGCUAGCAGGGAACCAGUACCCAGCAUUGGAACUAUUUUCGUUCUUGUUAAGUACGUGCAAUCAGGGUGCAAUAGAAGUACGGUACAUAUUUUCAAAUAGUACUACGGGUAAUGGGUACUUUGUGUAAAACCGGUAUCUCAUUGUGUACCAUUUAGUUUCUGAAUGAAAGAGGCAAGUUGUGAUUGAACAUACACGAUUUCUUAGUUCUGUAUUUUUGUGUAGAGUAUUUUAGUUAGAGUAUGUUUACUCUGGAGUAAAUUUUUGCGUGAAAAAUGUUUGCGGUAAUUUUUUUGAGGGAACUUUUUUUGGAUCGCUACAAAAAUCGCAAAAAUGAGAACCCGCAAAAAUUUCCUGCCACACGGUAACUCUAGUUUCAGCGCAUCUGAAAUUUUCCGUAAUCGCCUGCAAUACCAUUGAGCUUAGUUAGAGCGGCCCAACAGAGUUAAAUUCUCUAAACUAAACCAAAUUGGUUCGACAUGGACAGAGUUUUUUUUGUUAUAAGUAGUAUUUUUGUGAGGUAUGACUUAAAACACUGCGAACCGACCGGAUUAAAAUUGACUUGUUCAAUUUUUUGAAUAAUCAUGGGGGGAGGUAGGGAGGGAGGGGGGGGGAGAUACGCGAAAGGGGUACAUUUUUUAGGCUUCACGUAUAAAAAAGGUAGAGAUUUCCCUAGCUGAAGUAUAUGAAAGGGUAGGGAAAUGCGUCAUUUCGGUCUGAAAAGGACUAGGCUCACGAUUUUGUUGUUUAUCUUUCCUCGCAAGAAAACAUACCUUUCUUAGCGAGAUCUUAUAUCUUCUUUCACCUUUAUUGUUACCUCGGAAUCGAUACCGUGCGUAAACUUUUCCGGCCAAUUGAUUUGUUUUGUCUAAUAAAUCACAUGCCAUUCUUUAAAAAUUGAAUAACAACAGCCUCUGUAUAAAUAUCUACACACGACAUGAGAUGAUUGAUCACUAAAAACGCGAUUACAAUAGGUGCAUAAGUGAUAAUAAAAAUAAAGAAAGAAAAUAAAAUCAAUGAAAUCAAUACAAAAGCAAUGAUAUUGUUACCCAAAAACUAGCGAUUGAAGUACUGAAUUCUUCUGUAAGGCUGUUGUGUUGAUCAGAAACACUGUUGGAUUUCACUGAUCCAGUUUACGUAGUCAACAGUUUCAAGGUUUUAACAGUUGAUUCGGGAGAUUCUCUUAGCGCUUCUAACUCAGUAGGUAGCUAACUUAAUACACAAGGUUUCUCGACAAAAGAUUCACUCGGAAGAGUUCGCUUGUAAGUGGGUCUCUCGUAUAGUUCAUGAACUAUACGAGCCACUUCCAAAAUGUACUCUUGCCAUCUUUUACUGUGGCCUUACCAUCAACAGCGUUUACAUUCGCAGUUUUGGCAUUCUUAUGCUUCCACCGAAGAUAGAUUGCUAAUAGCUUCGAGUCGCUUUGAGCUCCUUAGAAUGUACUCAGCUGAAGUCUUCCGACCUAUUCCAUGCGUUCACCGGCGAAAAAUGUCUACGCAUGCUCUGGAAAAAAUUACACGUGAUCUAUUUCGGGCAAUGUCAUUGGCUCCGAGGCAAAAAUGCCUGGGAAAUGUUGUUGAGAUGAAAGGAGCGAUGGCAGCUUUUUUUGGCAGUGACAGCGUUGCAAUUUCUUGCCACUGUAAGAGAUCAAAAAAUAUUUUGGUCAAAGUUUUGACGUAAGUGUGUUCUCUAGAGAAUAUAGCGUCCUGAAACUGGCGAAAAAUCCCAUUGGCAGAGACUGAUUCAGUGUUUUUCUGGUUUGCAUGUGGAAGACAUGCCGAAAAGGUGGGUAAUUUUUGCUCUUUUUGUUUACUGCAUGUUCCGUGCAACUCGGUACAAAAAGAAAUUAUAAAGUAGUGGAAGAAAAAUUAUUGGGCUUUGUUUUGGUAUAUAAAUUAGCUUGUACCGAGUUGCACGGAAGCGACAGUUUUGUUAAAUGUGUAUCCCGUUUUUGUGUCAAAAUUCGACUUUGAUUGUGAAUCUAACAUUCGAUAACAUUCGACUGUUGAUCGAAGAGCGUAUUACAAUGCUAUCCAAAAUGUUUUUGUUGUUUAGAUCAAAUUUCUUAUCACGGAUUCAACAAAAAAAAGUAGAGGGACAGACAUUUUUGGGCUUUGUUUUGUUAAUAUGACUUAGUGUGUACUCUUAACUUGUUGCUGGAAAAACUAUAUUUAGAUGCUUAAUCUCCGCAUGUUUACACUGUUUAAAGCAGAAAAAUACGCUUACGCUUGGUUCAACUUAAUCUCGUGUCACUCGGUACAAAAGGAAAUUAUAAAAAAGGCAAAGAAAUAUUCUUAGCGAUUGUCUUGCUGUGUAAAUUGGCUUGUGACUAGUGGAUCGAAAGCGGCCGGGUUGAGGCAGUUUUCUAAAGUGCGUAGUUCGAAACGUGAUUUUGUCGAUCGAUGCGAAUUUCAUUGUUGUUGCACGUUAUUACAGCUUUGUAUGUUACCAUAUAGAAAUUUGAGUUUUAUGCGAGCUGUCAAAUGAGAAAAUGUGUCUUGGAGCUACAGUUCGAUACGUCCAGCAACAUUCUGAUUUGCGAAAAAAAUUCUGUUUGCAAUGCGCACAGCUGCUGUACAUUGAGGCUUGCAUUUUUAUAAUUGAAGGAUCGAAGUUUAGAUUAUUUUGCUUAUAAAUUUCAGGGGCACCCAACGACAAUUUUCGGAAAAAUAUCUGUUCGGAAGACGAUUUGAGAUGUAGAAUUUUCGGAACAUUUGUUGUAAAAUUUCUUGCUUGCCUGCCUCUCCUAGGAUUUUCGAACAUCUAAAAAAUGGUAUAAUUGCAUAUUUUUAACGGAUUUUUACCCUAAAAAGGUUACCUAGAAUUUUCGGGAGCCUUUUUUCUGGCUGAAAUUUUCGAAAAGGUAAGUUUUGAUCCCUAUAAUUUUCGGAUCACUAGACUUUCAGCUAGGAAAUCCGAACAGAUGAAAAAUUUUUAGGGGAUAAAAAUAUGCCUUUAUCUACCGUUUAAAUACGUGUACUAAAAUAGUUUUAAGAAUGCUAUGUUUAAGUGCUUUUGAACUACAUUCUCGUUGGGUGCCCCUGAAAUUUGGCUUGGGAUUAUCCACGCAACGAGUUACUUCUUUAGGAACCGCACUUACGGACAUGAUUUCCUCCGUGUACAAUUUUUUAGUACUAAAUUUUUGCACACAAGGCUUUCUGUGGGGGGUGCUUCUUUGCUUGAAAAUUGGAUCCUGGAAGGAGAUGAACAGGGUAAUAUUCCUGUGAAUGCUUUUGUUUUUCUGUCCAUCGUUUUCGGCUUAAUUUUUUUUGGCGCAAAGUUAUUAAUGAAUGAUAGAGUUAACAUGCUAUCAUAAGUAUUCAAAAGUUCUUUCCAAGAAAAAAAUAAUCCUCACAAAUUAAACUUACAAGAGUUUAAAGUUUGGAGUAAAAUUUGAGUCUUAAUGAAAUUUUAGUUGGAUCAUGCUGAUGAAUGCAGUUGUUUAGGUUAUGCAGUUUCCAAUUUUGAUCUUCUGUCAGAAUUAUGAGAGAACACUCAAAUACAGAUCUCAUUCAAACAUUAUAGUUUCAUUGUAAUUAUCGUUUGUUUCUUUUCCUAUAAACUUCUCACCAGGUCUACAUCUUGCAUGAAUUUAAUGUGAUAUAUAUUUGAAGGGGUUGUUAGUUCACAGUGAAGUAUUUUUCACUUUGUUUUUUUGAUAUGAAGUUUAGUUUCUUCUUAGUUGUUGGCUAAGGCAGUGUUGAAGAAGUGACAUGUUAACAUACUUUAUUGUUCAUUUCUCUUCAGAAAAGAUUGAUUGACUCCUGAAUCAAACAAAGUGCAGCUUCACAAAGACGAUUUUUGACGAACAAAUGUGUACUCAAGCAAAGUACAUGUCCCUGACAGUGUUAAUAAAAUUUAUUAAUGGAAACAUCUGGGUUUUUACUCCUUUUUAGCAGUUUUGACUACGCAUCACUUUUCUAACCUAUAUAGUGAAAGAUCAUGUAGUAUAAUCAGUAUUUUUUCUAACUAACACAUUUGCAAUCAAAGUUCUCUUCUUUUAUAAUUAUAUGGUAUUCCCCUGAUUUUAAAAAUGUCAUUGUCUUAUUCAGAUCAAGCACAGUAACCAUUGAAAAGAAAAAAACCUGCUCGGUCAUAGACGGCUUUAAAGUUUUGAUAUUAAAAUCGCAAUGAAAAGAACAUGAAUGCAGACACUACAGUUCAUUUAGCUCAUGUUCAAGCUUUUUUUAUAAAUUAGAAAGUCUUGCUGGAGAAAACAUAAUUUUAUUGUAUCUUUUCGGUAAAAAAAAAAUAAAAUAAUAAAAUAACUUCCAGGUGUCUAAGCAAUUCCAAAGGACCCAUAGUGUCUUAUUUCUCUGCUGCAUAGAGCUGUGAACAAAGGCCGUUCUUUUUAGUGAACCGGCUUUCAUCAAAAAUAUUGUUGUCCGUCGUGAUCGUGAAGAGUCCAAAGUUGAAUCUGGUGAACCAGCCAAAACGCGAGCAUCGCAGGGAACGAAUCCCAUAGGAAUAGGUGAAAAAGGAUAAUAAAAAGUCUAGGCUAUUCUAAAAAUAUCCGUAUAUGCAUUUGCAACUCAUAUUAAGCCGCAAUUAAUCUUCUUUCCACUGGAAUAAACAAACGAUGGAGGUAGUGCCGCCAUUUUGAAUUUGGCAAUGUCACUGUGGUCGCGAGUCGACCAAUCAGACAUUUUUCGCCGGUGAAAUUCCAUGCGUACUCUUAUGUCUUGCGCACGCGCUGAACACGCAAGAGUGCGAUUGUGCCAGAACAGAAAUCCAAGCCCAUUUUAAAACUUAGCCGUGCCACAGGCAGCCCAGUAAUAAUACAAAAUAGAACGCGCUCUCGGACGCUUUUAAACGAAAAUUGGCGUCAGUGCUGUUAGACUGUUUCUGUUUCUGUUUACCAUUUACAAAAAUAUUCCCUAAAAAUCAGUAUGAAAAGUAAAUGGAACACGACUUUUGGAGUCGUGUCGGUGAAAAAUUAGAAAUUCUUGGAAGGAACAUAACGUCCGAAAAAUUAACGCAGUCCAAUUUUCCCGGUCGUAAUAUUUCAAAAGGAAAUCCGUGUUCCAUUUCUUCAAACCCAUCUUUGAUACCAGUUUCACCCUUUCGCGGCGGUUUUUCGGUAAAUGGAACUCCUGAGUGCGAUUCCGAGACGAAAUUCACCUGCCCAAACCGUGAACAGACCGGUUUGCCCAUGUAAACAGUAAACAAUCAUUGGGCUCUUGCAAUUGCAUCCUCAACGCUGUUACAUUUAUAGAAAGUCACCAUUUUGUUUCAAAUUGACUUUUUUCCUCAUAAAAAAAGUCAAAUUUGCCAAAUUCAACAAGAAACAGGUGUGCAACGUGAAAAAGAGGCAAAUGCAAUUUUUUAUGUUAGCCCUUUUCGGACGGCUAGGGUUGUAUACGACCCAUAUGGAACGAUGUAUACAUUCCUCCCUGGAACCAUUUAGCUUUUAGUUUAAGUUAAUAAAUCGGUAAGCAACAACGUCAGCAAAGACAGAUCUUUCCAGCGAACAUCGUUUUGGAUAUUCUGACCAAUCCUGACAGAGUUACACUCACAAAAAAAGGUAACAUUUUUGGGAAAAUCCACCUUAGUAUCUGCUUUUGAUAUCUCCGUACAGUUCAUGUUUCUUAGAGUACAAUUUUUAGAGCUGUACACAGCAUGCAUUUUAUCACAGUAGCCUUUCAUUUUCCAGGAAAAUUUCACUUUUUCGUCAGAACAAUCACUGACUCAGUCAGACUCGGAGAAGUCUACUUUAAUUUAGUUCUCAGUACAGCGAACGAGGUUAUGUUCUGUGAAAUUUAUCUACAGUCUACGGUCCAGGAUGACAUCCCCACGAUCCACGAUUUAUUUAAAACUUAUUUUAUUUCAAGUUUUUUUUAACCGAUCCUCGAUCCCCGAUUUUCGAUCCCCGAUUCUCGAUCCUAGUUUUCCGGUAAACCUCGAAGUUUUGCUCAUUAAGAUCGUUCUUUUUUUUCGACCACUGAAGUAAUCACUUGCUCUAAAGCAAUAAACGCUUUCAAGCGAUAGAAUUCGUGGACCUACCCGUUCCGGAAAAGCUCGAUAUGGCAUUUCUAUUUUAUGGGUAUGGAACGACAUGAAGUGCUGCUAGUAGAGUGCGUUAUAUAGUCAAGUGAAAGAUACCCGUAUAAACACAGCCGUGACACAUACGUAACGUCAGACUGGUAGUUGAAAUUGCUUCCAAUAGUAGUCGAAGGUUAAAUCAUUGAUAUGUCAAGUAUUUAUAAAGUGUAACGCGACUUCUUAUCUUAACAACUGCGAAAAUCUAUCAAUUAAAUACAUACAACAAAGUGAAUCUAUUUAACCGUAGAAUUCCAGUAAUUGCAACAAUAAUCUGAGAAAUAACGUAACACCUCAAUACACUACAAAACAGGAUUUCCCCGCGAUAAUAUUUUUACAUUUUAAUACAUAGAGGAUAUUACAUGGCCGUGCGGAGAUACGAAAUUUCUCCUCGAGUGUUGAGAAAUAUUGCGAACGAGUGAAAUAUUUUUUCAACACACGAAGAGAAAUUUCGUAUCUCCAAGCGGCCAUGUAAUGUUCUAUUUAUUAUAUAAACACCAAUGAACUAUCAAAUCAUUUCACUUUAAUAGUUUUUUUGGGUGUGAAAUGCGCGAUUUAUUGUGUAGUCAUAGCAACGGUGAUAUUUUCACUUGUGAAGAUAACAUGUUAUUUUCACAUGUUUCGCGCGAAAGCUCACCUGGUAUUUCAUUGGUGUUUAUAUAAUAAACGUGUAAAAUAACACGAAAAUCAAGGGCCUCGAAUCGGGGAAAAUUACAUCUUUGCCAAACAGCUAAAAAUGUGAUCAACUGACAUGCGUCAUUUCAGUCAUCGCCAAAAAUAAACCGCAUGCUCAUCACUAGUCUCAUUUGUAUACAAGUCUGUAUACAGUGAAAGUCGUCAAGAUUCUUAUCCCCAGUUUCCACGGUCUCCGCUAGGAACGCAUGAGAGCAUGGCCUCCUAAUUGGUGCCCACCGACAAAGAAAUAAUAAGAAAAAGAAACACCAGCAGCUUUUCGACAGUAUAGUCUCGCUCUUUCCAUCUUUAUUUCUAUUCCUUUAGCCGACAGCGGUAAAGCAAACGACUAAUUAAUCAAAUUCAAUAGCGCGAGCGUGCUUCAUUUCGACAGUAUAGUGUUGUUAUUAUCGAAUGGAAGCUUAAUUUUUCCAUCGUAUCCUUUACCAUGUAUUUUGUAAAGAAAUUUAAGAGGAAACUAUUCCUUUAGCCGACAGCGGUAAAGCACAAUCCAGUCAUCAAUUCAAACACCUUAUUGUCAAUACGACCACAGGCCUUACGAUCUAGCUCUCUUCCGCGUCCCAUCGGCAGUCUAUUCUGAAACAGAACGUUUUUAAAAGCUCUAGAAAAUUUUUAGAAGAAAACGAAAAAUCUUCCACACAUAUUUUUUUUAAAUUCAUCUGCUAUCAUUCUAAUGCCAUUUUAACAGGCAUGUUUUACCUUUUUCUUUUCCUCCAACUUAACUUUAAGGUGGCAUUUAAUUUUCAUAAAACUUGGCCAGCCUGCGUAACAAGUGAAUUGUUGUUUUAUUUGCUCGUGGGGUAAUUCGCUAGAAGCAAACCCUUCUGUGAAAUGGCCCCGUUUUCUUGUUUGACCGCUUUUAAGCUUUCGCAAGGUCGUAUCUCCUACUUUAAAAACCACGAACGAAAAAAAAAAAACGCCAAAAAAGUCUGCCACGUGGGCUAAAUUUUACCUUUCUAGGCAUAAUCACUUUUCUUCUUCCAAUACGACGGAUUUGUAUUUAUGAUACAGCUUUAUCUCAUACUAGAGGAGUUAUAAGAGAAUGUGAAAACCUUUAUCUCCAAAUUUCAGUGCCACCUUGUGAAUUUGCUUUGGUAAUUGUUGAGAUGCAAUGGCGCAGAUGCCUCUCGCAGUGUGUGGAAUUUUUGUAAUGCUGCUUGGUUUUGUGGCCAUUUCUGGAGAAGGUAAAUUGCCUAGAUUGAAUUGUAUUAUUCCCAGUCGUUAUCAUGAUAAGUUCUAUUAUAAUCGAUUGAGCAGAAAUUUUUUUCUUCCUUUCUUUUUCUUUCCUUUUCCUUCCCCCUUUUUCUUUUUAGAAAGUUAAGCUGUAAUCCAAGUUUAGCUGUAAUGUAGUUUAAUGGUGACAAAAAGAAUUCGGGAAAAAACAAAGAUUAUGUUCUGACUAGUGUAACUUAAAAGAGUAACUUUUUCAGCUAAAGUGUUAGCAUUUCAACCCUUUAAUGUGCUGAAAGAGUAUUCAUUUGCAUUCUCUGUAGAGAACUGCAACUGUAUUGAACAUCAACUACGGCUGUUAUUUUUUUCGUUCAAAACAGACACAAAUUUGGCACCGUGUGAGCAGAAAAUAGAAGACGUGAAAGGCGUGAUCAAAACUGCUAAAUCUGGCACCAUCUCUGACUGUACCUGGCUUAUUAAAGUACCAGCCGGCCAUAACAUUUUCCUAAAAUUCACAACAUUGCAGUUAUAUUUCAAGUACAACAUGUAUGGCCCAAGUGAGGAAAAUACUGAGUUACAAGUAUGGGACGGUCACAACGAGUCAAGUGCUUCGCUUGGAAUUUACCGUGGAACAAAACGAGCAUUUUCUCUGCAGUCGAGUGGCCGUUGCCUAUUCAUACGGCUAAGAGUGUUCCCUGAUACUGAUCUUUGUAAUGUUCAAGCAUUGUUUUUCGCUAGUACUGUAAUAGGUAUGAGUGAUUUUGGUCUUAAUAUAGCGUGGUCAGGACUGAAUCCCGAUAUUUAUUUCACCUAUAAAGGUAUAGUAAGCAAUAUAUACAAUAACCCGCAAAAAGUAGUUAAGUGAAAGAAAUCUAGGCAAACUUCAUUUAAAUCACUUAGAACUCCCUUUUUUAAGGUAUGCAGGAUACAAAAAUUUGUUUUCACUGCCUGAAAGAAUUAGGGAGCGAUGUAUCACCAAAACAUCUUUAUUGUCGAAUAAACAAGGCUGCUAGUAUCACGCUCAACAGCAGGUAAUAUCCAAAGGCAAGACUGUAAUGAUUCCUUUUUUCGUCACAGUUCUGACUAAAAGGAUGGUUUUCACUAGGGACUGAGUCGGAGUCGGAGUUGAAGUCUGAGAAGUAUUAAAUCAGAAGCGUACAACAACAACAACAACAACAACAACUAGCAAGGCUAUUCGAGGCGGGACAGUGCGCAAAAAAUAUAAGAAAUAAAGACUAAGGCUAUUAACUAAGGAAAGUUUACAGUUUACAAAUAAAUGAAAUAAAAAUCGUAAUAUGGAUGAGGACUAGAUAACAGACGUCCGUAAUGCUUGGUUUUCUUUCCUUAGUUUCUCAGUUCCGGUCAUAGUUGAGAAAAGGUUAAAAGAUUAAAAGAUUUUGAGGAAAUUUAGUUAGAAGCCGGAGUGAUCGAGAACACGUCCGACUAGUACGCUCUCGGUACCAAUCGUAGGUACCAAGCGUAGGACUUUACGAUCUGGUGAAAACAGCAUUGUAAUUCCGAAUCUGACAAUCUGGUUUUCAGCUGAGUGUAAUCGAUGGAGUCAUAAGCGGCGUUGGAAGAAAAUGGAAACGUUCUGAUUCUUCCUACUCCGACGCUGUCGCGCUGAUGACUUCGCUUACGACUCCGAGUUUUGAUUUUCACAAUGUCUUAUACGCUCUUACGAGUCCACUUACGAUUUCGAUGCCGACUCCAACUCCGAAUUCUUAAAGCUUGUGGCUAGUGAAAACCAUCCUAAGAAUAAGAAGUUGAAAAACCGGCCAAUGAAGAAGUGUUGAAAUGCACGCACACUUUGUCGGGGAUAAAAUUCGAAUUAUACAGCGGACAAUCAACGAAAUUAGUUGCUGUCGUUGUUGUUGUUGUUGUUACAGAAAAGCCCGAAAUACAUUUCCCUGGUCCUGCCGUCAGAGCAAUGAAGGAUCUCUGGUUGAAGUGUUCAGCGAGAGGAACUCCUCCAAUUCAGAUAACAAUAACCCAGAAUGGCACACUACUGGUUAAGGGAACUGGAACUGCUAAAGUACGUAUUAAACACGAAGGUGAAUACAGAUGCACAGCAAGGAAUGAAGCUGGAAUUGAUUCUAAAGAAAUAAUUGUAUCUUUUCCCACAAGUAAGUGUAACCACUCCUACGCAGCGAUAAGAAUUCUCUCGUCGCAUAGUUCUACAACGGGUAGAGACCUUUAGCAUCGGGUUUUUCAAGGGAAACCGCAAACCGCAGUUUGCAGUUACACGUUUGCAGUUUCACGUUGCCGAGAUUUCAAAUUUUAGCAUGGCGUUCGGUUCAGUUCAGUUCAUUUUUAUUUAGCCAAAAUAUAAUACCAUACAAGAAUACAUAUAGGAAUUGUAAGGUUGCAAGGGAUCUCAGAAGAAACCAGAAGGCUUAUGAAGCCUGGGCUCCCCAGUCUCAAAGAAAUAAGUAAAAAUAAAAUGAAAUUCGCGGAGUGAUACGUUAAAAAUAGGAACUAAACGGAGAGUGAGUUAAGUUAUGCAUUCAGUAACAAGAUAGAAAAAGAAUUUAACUCUGGACUGGAACAGAAUACUUUCUUUUGCUAGUACGGCCGAAAGGAGUAUAUAAUCGAUUUGAGCUACAGUUCAUUGUUUAGGGCCGCCAUGUUGUUUUCAUCUAGUCGACGUGCAUCACUUUAAUCGCCCCCAAAACAGCAAUAAUUCAUUGAUUCGAGAUCAAAAAUCCAAAAAACACAUCGCAAAUGGAUACAAAAAGCUAGUUCAUGCCUUUAAACUCGAGACUGUAAAUCACUUGCCGCUUGAAGCCCUUCCUGCGGUUCAAACGUGAACUGCAAACUGCAAACGUGACCGCAAGACCGUGGUCACGUGACCUGAUACUAAAGGUCUCUAAUAAAUACUUAACGGCUACGGUUAGUAUUCCAGUCGGUUUCGACGGGAAAAACUGUGCGUAAGAUUACCUAAAGUUCCUUUACGCUCUACAGCCGAUAAACUUCCAGCUGCAGCUAAGCAGGUUACGUACCGUGAUAAUGUAAUCACCACCCAGAUCUUUGUAAUCUUUUCAGAGACAUCUAAUCUUUGAACUACAAAAAUAUUUAUCAACUGAGUUGAAAGUCAAUCUUUUUUGGCGAAGUAUUAGCGAUCCCUUAACUGAGUGUCGUGUUUUGGUGUUCUGGCCGAUAACUUUAAAAAGUUUUUUGAGGAUCCUAUUUAAGGGAAGUUCGGCCUCUGGACUUUUGAUGAUCCUUUUCUUGUUUAAUGACAAGCCGGCCACUGUCUUAAUUCUGUUUCCCUCUUCAGAUUGCCACAGAAAAUGUUAUGGAUAUGGUGGAUAUACAGGCGAAAAGAAGAAGAGAGGGGUAAACACGUUUUCCUGUUGGUCGUCAUCAUACAACGACAUUUUCAGAUGCGCACCCACAAUUGCCACACGCAUGUAAGUAGACCUUGUUGUCUUAGUACUGAAAAU